GAGAUCUAUGAAAUGGCAGAGAAUGGAACAGAUUGUGACCAGAGGCGCAUAAGAAUGAUCAAAGAACAGCACAAUGGAAACUUCAGAGACCCCUCUUUGCUGAGCGAGCAGCAGCGGAGGGACCGGGAAGGAAGGUUGAAUAUCGUCCUGUGGAAACAACCGCUUCUUACCUUGCAGUAUUUUGUCCUGGAAACUCUAAUAAACUUGAAGGAAUGGACCAUAAAACUGUGGCAUCGGCGCAGCAUCCUGGUGUCUCUUUUACUGAUGUUUGCAGUGCUCACAGCUACGUAUUACAUUGAAGGAACACAUCAACAGUAUGUGCGGUAUAUGGAGAAGAAGUUCUUCUGGUGUGCCUACUGGGUAGGAUUAGGCAUUCUGUCCUCUGUUGGACUUGGAACAGGCCUCCACACGUUUCUGCUCUACUUGGGUCCACACAUAGCAUCGGUUACUCUUGCUGCAUAUGAAUGUAACUCCGUUGAUUUUCCUGAGCCUCCCUACCCAGAUCAAAUCAUCUGCCCUGAUGAGGAGGUGCCUGAAGGAUCCAUCUCUUUAUGGGCUAUCAUCUCAAAAGUCAGGCUGGAGGCCUGCAUGUGGGGUGCUGGCACAGCCAUUGGAGAGCUGCCCCCGUAUUUUAUGGCGAGGGCGGCCCGACUCUCUGGUGCUGAACCUGAUGAUGAGGAAUACCAGGAAUUUGAGGAGAUGCUGGAACAUGCAGAGACUGCACAAGAUUUUGCUUCCCGGGCCAAGCUGGCUGUCCAGAACCUGGUGCAGAAGGUUGGGUUCUUUGGCAUCUUGGCCUGUGCCUCGAUUCCAAACCCCCUGUUUGACCUGGCCGGGAUAACAUGUGGACACUUUCUGGUUCCCUUCUGGACCUUCUUUGGUGCAACCUUGAUUGGGAAAGCAGUAAUUAAAAUGCACAUCCAGAAACUUUUCGUUAUUAUAACAUUCAGCAAACAUAUAGUGGAGCAGAUGGUGUCCCUCAUCGGUGCUAUUCCAAGUAUAGGUCCUUCUCUUCAGAAGCCAUUUCAAGAAUAUUUGGAAGCUCAGAGGAUAAAACUUCACCACAAAUCAGACAGUGGCGUGCCACAGGGGGAAAACUGGCUAUCCUGGAUGUUUGAAAAAUUGGUGAUUGUCAUGGUUUGUUAUUUUAUCUUAUCUAUAAUCAACUCCAUGGCCCAGAGCUAUGCCAAACGACAGCAACAGAAGACCUACUCUGAAGAAAAAAACAAAUGAGCUGGAAAAACAAAACCUUGGAAUGGGUAUUAGCAGACAGGAGAAAUGACACAUCUUUCCAUACCUUUAAAAAUCAGCAUUAUUCAAAACGGGGGAAAACUUUUUAACAUCAAAUUUUCAACAAUAACAAGUUUUUAUUUAAUUUUGAAAGUAAUUUGGAUAUUAGAGCAGACGUUUCAUUGACAGACUUAUAAAUGUUAAGGUAAGAUAUCAAUGCUUUACAGGUCUGAGUUGUUUUGUACAGGACAAUGCGCUUAGAUGGCGUUUAACACAAACACUGUCCACCCAAAUUACUUCCAAACCCAACGAUUUCAUACUCUCCACUCCCUGAUUUAACUUCAGACUGACCUAAGGGUAACUGUAUUUUGAAGGGUGGCC